CACAAGAAAGAACGACGUAGUACACACACACGGUUCUACACGGAUACGCGGUGUAAACAGUAGAGCGUGUGAAUACUGGAAGAAGCUGGGGCAAAUUGUUAUUUAAAACGGGUUUCCUUUUAUACUUGGGGUUUUGUUGCGUUUGAAAAUGGGGAAAGCGGAUUUCCUAAGUCCUAAGGCAAUUAGUAAUCGGAUUAAAGCGAAAGGCCUGCAAAAGUUGCGAUGGUACUGUCAGAUGUGUCAGAAACAGUGUCGAGAUGAAAACGGGUUUAAAUGCCACUGCAUGUCCGAGUCUCACCAGCGACAGUUACUGCUGGCCUCGGAGAAUCCCAGCCAGUUUAUGGACUACUUUUCAGAUGAGUUCAAGAAUGACUUUUUGGAGCUGCUAAGAAGACGUUUUGGAACAAAACGAGUUCACAAUAACAUCAUCUAUAAUGAGUACAUCAGUCAUCGGGAACACGUUCACAUGAACUCCACUCAGUGGGAGACUCUAACCGAUUUCACCAAGUGGCUGGGGAGAGAAGGUUUGUGUAAAGUGGAUGAGACUCCUAAAGGCUGGUACAUUCAGUACAUCGACCGUGACCCGGAAACAAUCCGCAGACAGGAAGAGCUGGAGAAGAAGAAGAAGCAGGACCUGGAUGAUGAAGAGCGCAGUGCUAAGUUUAUUGAAGAGCAAGUGCGGCGAGGCAGAGAGGGCAAGGAGGCAGAGGAGGAGCCUGUGUUUACGGAGCUGAAGAGGGAGAAGGAGGAAGAGAAAGUUGCCUUCAACUUGGCCGGUGCCUCCUCCUCUGUAGGCCCAGCUAAAGCAAGCACAUCUCUGGCUUCAAAUGCCCUUAAAAUAGCAGCAUCUGCUAAGAGAAAGGACACGUCUCACACUGCUGACUCCAAGGAGAAGAGAAAGAAAUCUGCACUCGAUGAGAUCAUGGAGAUGGAGGAGAAAAAGAAGAAAUCCGUGAGGUCAGACAAUUGGAUUCGACCAGACAUAGUGGUGAAGGUUAUCACCAAGAGGCUGGGAGAGAAGUAUUACAAGAAGAAAGCGGUCAUCAGGGACAUACAGGACAAAUACACAGCUAUAGUAAAGCUGAUCGAUUCAGGAGACAAACUCAAACUGGACCAAAGUCACCUGGAGACAGUGAUUCCAGCACCGGGUAAGCGAGUUGUGAUUGUGAAUGGACAGUAUCGGGGUAUGGAGGCCGUCUUGGAAGGCAUAGAUGAAAAGAAUUUCUCUGCUCAACUAACCAUAGAUUCGGUAAUGUAUAAGCUUUCUGAGAGUGUUAAUGACCCAUUAUGUUUUACAUGUGUCCACACCUCCAUUGAAUCAAAUGAAGUCAAUCAGCCAAGACAGCAUGCGUCUGUGAGGUUUGUUUCUUUCCUUUUCGAAAUAUUGCUAAGAGGCUAAUGUAGUGUAAUGAAGCAUAAAGCUUAUAUACACUAAUCAGGCAUAACAUUAUGACCACCUGCCUAAUAUUGUGUUGGUCCCCCUUUUGCUGCCAAAACAGCCCUGACCUGUUGAGACACUAGAUCCCUGAAUGUGUGCUGUGGUAUCUGGCACCAAGAUGUUAGCAGCAGGUUCUUUAACGAACCUGGAACGAACAUGGAAGUUGUGAGGUGGGGCCUGUAUUAGACUAGCAGGACGUAAAGAAUACUUUUGAUAGAUACUGACCACUGCAGACCGGGAACACCCCACAAGAGCUGCAGUUUUGGAGAUGCUCUUAUCCAGUCGUCUAGCCAUCACUAUCUGGCUCUUGUCAAACUCGCUCAAAUCUUUACGCUUGUCCAUUUUUCCUGCUUCUAACACAUCAACUUUGAGGACAAAAUGUUCACUUGUUGUCUAAUAUAUCCCACCCACUAACAGGUGCCAUGAUGAGGAGAUCAUCAGUGUUAUUCACUUCACCUCUCAGUGCUCAUAAUGUUAUGGCUGAUCGGUGUAAACACUGUGGGUGGAGAAAGCUUAAGCUGAAAUCCUUAUACACAUGACAGCUCAAUAUUCUGUUCUGUUCCAUUAGCCUUUUAGCCCCUGGGAAAGACUUCAGGUUCCCUGUGACCCUGUGUAGGAUAAGCACUUUAUGAAGUUGAUGCAUGGCUCGGUGGAUAAAUUAAUAUUGGUAUAUGUGCUGAAUUCAUAUCGUCAACCCACCAUGUCAGAAACCACAUAUUCACGUGUCAUUUUGAGACUUGAACCUUGACACUUUGCUUAAUUAGCUACUUGAACCUCACAGCUUCAGACUAAAAUCUUUAGAAGCGAACAUCUCACAACUUGGCCGUCUGACUUCAUUUGGACUUCAAGUGGAAAAAUGUGUGAAACUAAAAUGUUUUUUUUUUUACAAUUUUUACAAUUAAAUUAAAUUUAUAAAUCACAACUUUAAUCUAUGUUAACAUGCAGAUGUAAGCUAAUCGCUUUGCACUGUCAUUGUGUGUAUGCCACAGGGUGCUAUGAAGGGGAAGAUAGUCGAGGGGAUUCCAUAUGAAGACUUCUCCAAGCAGGCGUGAUUUAUUUUUUCCAUAUAAUUCUUUGUCUCAAUCAUUUUACCUGAAUCCUCUACUGUGUCAGAGCAUUUAUCAGGGACACACACACACACA